UCUUAAGUUACAAAUCUUCCUUCCCACAGCUUCACUUCAUUUGUUAGCUGAAGAAAAAGAAUGGCGACAACUGUGGAUUCCGGAAACCAGUACGAUAGAGCCGAAGAAGUAAAAAGAUUCGAUGACUCAAAAAUCGGAGUAAAAGGGCUAGUCGAUUCUGGUCUCACCACUAUCCCUCGCAUCUUCGUUCACCCACCCGAAACUUUAUCCGACCUCAAACCCAAACCCAAGUCGGUUGCCAUACCCACCAUCGACCUCUCGGGGACCCGUUCGACGGUCGUGGAGCAAAUAGCCGCUGCAUCUCGAUCCUUUGGGUUCUUUCAGAUUGUAAACCAUGGAAUUCCCGUCCAGGUUCUUGACCGUAUGAUCGCUUCCAUCAGAGCCUUCCAUGAGCUGCCCACCGACGUCAAGGCCAGGUUCUACCGUCGUGACGCCGGAACCGGUGUAUCCUUCAUUUCCAACGUUGACUUGUUCCACUCUAAAGCGGCUAGCUGGAGGGAUACACUCCAGAUAAGACUAGGACCUACUCUCCCGGAGCUUGAGCACAUUCCGGAGGUUUGUAGAGACGAAGUGGUUCAAUGGAACUUACAUUCGACAACAUUAGGAGAGCAGCUGAUGGGGUUAUUGUCGGAAGGGCUGGGAUUGGAUAAGGAUACCAUCAAGAAUACUACAUGUUUGGAUGCAAGAGUAAUGGUUGGGCACUACUAUCCAUGCUGCCCCCAGCCUGAUCUGACUGUGGGCAUCGCAUCACAUACAGAUCCGGGAGUGUUAACUUUGUUGCUGCAGGAUCACACUGGUGGGCUGCAGAUUAAGCAUGAAGGGGAGUGGGUGGAUGUCAAGCCUGUUCAUGGAGCUCUUGUUAUAAACAUUGCAGAUAUUCUUCAGAUAAUGUCGAAUGAUGAGUAUAAAAGUGUGGAGCACAGAGUACUGGCAAAUCCUUCCGAAGAAGCCCGAGUGUCGAUCGCUGUUUUCUUCAACCCAAGUGCCAGGGAAGCCUUAUAUGGACCAUUUGCUGAACUUACUUCACCAGAGAAACCAGCCCACUAUCGUAAGUUUAUAUAUAAUGACUACAUGAGAAGGUUCUUCACCAAGGAACUGGAUGGGAAAACUUUGACAAAUUUCUAUAAGCUGUAAGAGGAUAUAUAUACAUAAUACUUUGUAGCUUUUAAUGUAAGACUAUUAUGCAAUAUUAGACUCUUCUAUUUUUAUGUCAAUGUACAAUAAGAAAGUUGGAUAAUCGUAGUUUUCACAUCACCAUACUGUGUUUCUGUUAGUGAUUGAAGGUUAUGGUUGCUAGUUGAAAAUUAAUGUCCUAUGAGUUGAAAGUAAUAAAAAUUUUAUGGUUAUUAUUAGCAAA